AUGAUCGUCGGACGACAGAAGCAGCACAAAGUGACGACGUAUCGAGACUUCAUGGCGAGCCGCGGAUAUUUGGACUCUUCCAGACUUAUGUAAUUCAGAAUUCGAACUGGAAACGCUUGAAAUUUACGUUUAGGAUGCAAUCGAAGCCCUCAUUUUUGCCGUUUGAAUUCAACGAAGAGGAAGAGAAAGAGAUAAAUGAGGCGAUAGCCAGAGAGGAAGAAUAUAUGCGGAUUGAGGUGAUUUCGGAAGUCGAGACUUCUAAGGACCUGUUUAAUGAGCUGCGAAAGUGUCAAAGUUUGUAAAAAGGCCAGGAAAAUGGUUAAUUUUCAGGAAGAGAACAAGAUUAGCGCGUACGACGCCGCCGGCAACCCGAUUCGCCAUAAUAACGCUUUCGGCGAAGGUCAACGGGCGAUUCCGUACGUCUCGAACCUUCUUCCGUCCGCCAACGACAGUGCGGACGAUAAAGUCAUCAAACAGGUAAUUGCAGAAAAAAUGAGUGAUGACCAGCCUGUGCUCAGGUUCUGGACGUGAUGUUCAGUCAAGUGUGCCGGUGGGACCGUCAGUACGGAUGGUCGAAAGCGCAUUUGAAAAGGGCAAGGGCCAAGACGGACACGGAGAAGAUUCAGUGAGUUCUCGGGAAGAACAUGGACUCAAUCUUGGAUGAUAACUUUUCAGAUAUCGCAAAUUCCGACAGAAUCAGAGAGAAAUGAUGAUCAGUGAGCACAUGGAACGGCUCAAAAAGGAGAUUAACAAGCGAAGGACCAAAAUGGAGAACGAGGCGGAGCAACUGUGCGGAAUGCACACGCCGUGGAGGAAAGCACGCUCGAGGCCGCAGAGAAGUGAGUGA